AUGCCAACACGACCAAAACCAGAGUACUUUGUGAAUGGCACAGGCAUUCCCGAGGUCGACUUCGACAUCGGCGAGUCUUAUGCCGGUCUCAUGCCUAUUGGUGAAGACCAGUCACGCUCGCUAUACUUUUGGUUCUUCCCUACAACGAACCCACAAGGCAAAGAUGAUAUUGUCAUCUGGCUUAACGGUGGACCUGGCUGCAGCUCCCUAGAAGGGUUACUGCAGGAAAAUGGACCGUUCAUCUGGCAGUAUGGCACAUAUCAGCCGACAAAGAACUAUUGGACAUGGGCCAACCUCACAAACAUUAUCUGGGUUGAACAGCCUGUGGGAACAGGGUUUUCACAAGGCCAACCGACCGAGAAGAACGAAGACGAUGUCGCCAAAAGUUUCCUCGGCUUCUUCAAGAACUUCAUCGACACUUUUGCACUGCAUAGCAAGAAUAUUUACAUCACGGGCGAGAGCUAUGCUGGCUUCUACGUGCCGUAUAUUGCUAGUGCAAUGCUCGACCAGGAAGAUAAGGACUACUUGAAUGUCAAGGGGACAUUAAUCUAUGAUCCUGUUCUAGGCAAUAUAGGGUUGCAGACUGACGUAGUUACGGUACCUUACGUCGACAAGUGGGCUGAGCUUUUCAACCUGAACGACUCGUUUACUGCCGAAAUCUAUGACAGCCAUAAGUCGUGCGGUUAUCAGGAUUAUAUCGACAAGUAUCUGGUCUAUCCUCCACCGGACGGGAGCUUUCCCGACCCUGUCGAGGCAUCUACUACGACGGGAUGCGAUCUAGGGACGCGGGUCGCAAACGCCGUGUUCCUGGUAAACCCGUGCUUCGACGUCUUUCAGAUCACCACUACUUGUCCCGUACUAUGGGACGUUCUUGGAUUUCCCGGCUCGUUCAACUACCUACCCGCAGGUACGGAGAUCUACUUCAACCGUACCGAUGUACAAAAGGCCAUCAACGCACCCUUGCAGGAAUGGAACGAGUGCGUCAGUGGCGUGUUAGUGAGUGGCGACACUUCUCCACCCCCAGCAUGGUCUGUAUACCCGAGCGUUAUUGAGCGGUCUGAACGGUCUAUCUUGGCUCACGGGAACCUCGAUUACUCCCUUAUUGAUAUGGGUGUGAGGUUAGUGAUUCAGAAUAUGACGUGGGGCGGGAAACAAGGUUUCCAGGAAGCGCCAGGAAAACACAAGUUUUUCGUCCCGUACCACCCUGAAGCUAGUCAAGAGACGCUAGCCGCAGCAGGGGAGAUGGGUAUUGUCCAUACCGAGCGCGGGUUGACUUGGGUCGAGACGUACUUAUGUGGACACAUGGUACCGCAGUACCAGCCCAGCGCAGCAUAUCGGCAGCUCGAGUUUCUCCUUGGCAGGAUUGAUAGUCUCACGGAGAAGGGAGAUUUCACUACUCAAGCUGGUGAUUAUGGCAACUGA